AUGCCUCCUAAAAUCGAUCCCAACGAGAUCAAGAUCAUCCACCUCCGUGCUACUGGAGGUGAGGUCGGUGCCUCUUCAGCCCUUGCGCCGAAGAUCGGUCCCCUUGGUCUCUCUCCCAAGAAGGUCGGAGAGGACAUUGCCAAGGCCACUGGCGAUUGGAAAGGCUUGCGCGUGACUGUCAAGCUCACAAUUCAAAAUCGUCAGGCCGCAGUGUCUGUUGUGCCCACUGCUUCUUCUUUGAUCAUUCGCGCUUUGAAGGAACCUCCUCGUGAUCGCAAGAAGGAGAAGAACAUCAAGCACAAUAAGUCAGUCGCCCUUGACGAGAUCAUCGAGAUUGCCCGCACUAUGCGCUAUAAGUCUUUCUCGAAGGAACUGAAAGGCACUGUCAAGGAAAUACUUGGUACGGCCUACAGUGUUGGCUGUCGCGUCGACGGCAAGCCUCCCAAGGUCAUCAUUGAGGCCAUUGACAACGGCGAGAUCGACAUUCCCGAAGAAUAG